GUACACACCCAGGCGCUCCAAGCUGUGCUUGGUAUUUGGUACCGACGAGUGGGUGUACUGCCAGGGGGCGUUAAAGAGGGGAGAACCAGUUGCUGAAAACGUUCCUCGUGUGGAAACGGUCGAAUUCCAUAAGAGUCGCCGCUCAACUCUGACAGAAAUAAUUUGGGGCUGCUGUGCCCGCGUAGAAUAGACCUAAUCUAGGCAUUGCUUUUUUACCCCAGUUGUUAUAACAGGCUCGCAAUAUGACUGACUAUGACGAACCAAUAUCGGACCAGGAAAAGGUGCGCAUUGUUUCUGAUUUCAUUCUUCAUUCCCCGCCUGGAGAGUUCAAUGAAGUUUUCAAUGAUGUGAGGCACUUGAUCAACAAUGACAAUUUGCUGAAAGAGGGGGCAUCAGGCGCGUUCGUGCAGUACAACAAGGAUCAGCUGACGCCCGUCCGGCUGCCUGGCGUGGAGAUCCCCGCCUUCAUCACCGAGUUCAACGACCUGGGCGGCUCGCGCUACUUGGACCCCAGAUCAAAGCAGAGCUUCCGCUUUGACCACCUGAAGAAGGAGGCGUCGGACCUCAAGCCGCACGAGGGCGACAGCGCCGCCGAGCCGUGGCGCCGGGCGCUCGAGGUCGAGAUGACCGCCUACACGGACGACCACUACAAGAACGGCGCGUGCGCCGUGUUUGGCCACGCCUCCGACGGCACCAUUACGCUGGUCGCCUGCAUCGAGGACCAUCAGUUCCAGCCCAAGAACUUCUGGAACGGCCGCUGGCGGUCGCAGUGGACGGUGACCCUGUCGCCGGGCGGCACUGCCCAGGUCAAGGGCGUGCUCAAAGUGCAGGUGCACUACUACGAGGACGGCAACGUGCAGCUGGUCUCGUCCAAGGACGCCGAGGAGGGCGCCGUCGUGACGACGGAGUCGCAGACGGCCAAGGAGGUGGUGCGUCUGAUCGAGACGUCCGAGAACGACUACCAGACGGCCAUCUGCGAGAACUACCAGACCAUGUCGGACACCACCUUCAAGGCCCUGCGCCGCCAGCUGCCGGUGACACGCUCCAAGAUCGACUGGGGCAAGAUCAUCCAGUACGGCAUCGGGCGCGAGCUCAAGCAGCAGUGAGCCCGGCGCACCUGUGAUACAGGGCCGCAGGGGGACGGCCCCACCAUGUUGACGAGAUGUGUAACCAAAGCUUGCGCGAGCGCGCGCGCCGCCGCCGCGCUCCGGGCGUUGGAUUUUGUAGUCUGUUCACGGUUGGGUCAGCUCUGCGUGGCGCCCGGUGGCUGAGCCGUUCGGCACCGGCGGGCAAGUGGUAUUUACUCUCUUCGAGUCUGUCGAAUUAUUAUUAAUACAUCCACCCACUGCUUGUACGGACACGGUC